AUGGAUUUAUAUGCUAAACAAUUAUUUCAGAAAAGUAACGAACAGUUUGGACAUGGUUAUCAAUCACUGUCAAUUGGUCAAGAUAGCUAUAUGCAUCGAUUAGAAAUUACUGACGAUGGAAUUCAUCAAUCGUCGUUUGGAUACCAUGGUCGAAAUAAGCUAUUGAUACAGAGUGUAGUGACUUUUAUCAGUAAAUAA